AAGACCCCCUCACAUAUGGGUACUGUGGGCGGCCAGUUAGUUAUCCGAGAGUGAGCAAGAGAGGCAGGCCGGCUGUUUGGCUCUUCCAUACUUACCGUUAUAAUUAUACGUACUUCCAGCCUACGUUGAAAUGAAUUCUCUGACCGACCAACCCACUGAACUGGAGAAAAACACCACACAGAAUAGUUCUCCCAAGCAUUACAAUUCUGUUGAAGGAAGUACAGGGGAAAUUCUUUCCACCUGCAGAGUCUGUAAAUCACCUACUUUGUUUGAAAACCUCAGAGAUGUGAAUCAAGAUAGGGAGGUGAUAGAACAUGAGCAGCCAGAAAAUAAUUCAUUGUCAUUGUGUAUAGAUAUUAGUAAGAAUGAAGAUAAGUGGAUCACAACCAAAAAUGAAUGUGUUGAAAAGCUGCAGAGCCAGUCUUCAAAGAUUUCAACUUUGCAUGCAGACUCCUCGGCUAACAUUCUUUCAGAUACAUCAAAGUUUCCUGAAAUUUCUUCAAAUAAUUUAAAUCAUUGUGACACACACAAACUUCUAAUUAAUAGGAAUGCUAAUAAAAACAGAGAAGAACUAGCAUCACCAUCUUCAACAGUAACUCCAGCUCGUCUUGGAGUCCAGAGUUGUACAAAAUUUCCCUUAUGUGUUAAGCAAGAAUUGGAUGACUCUCCAGUAGUAGAGUUAGGCUCGUCUCAGGAUUUAUCUUCUUCCAUGAUUCCUUGUCAGGUCUCACAUUGUCAUUCUCAGACAAAUGUGAAUAAUGAAUCUGUUGAAGUUAAUAAAGAAAGCUUUGUUGAUUUUAUUGAAAAACAGGGAAAUGCAAGUGAAUUAAAUGGUAAUAUUCAGAGAGACAAAAUUUGUUGCCCACUGUUAGUCGAGAUUGAUGACAAUGAUUAUCCAAACAUGAAACAAUACCAACAUGAUACUUCUGAUAUUGUUCAAUGUCAGACGUUAAGAUCUGAGAAAAUUAACACGGUACCUAAAACCAGUGUAACCACAGUCUACUCUUAUAAUGAAACAACAAUGGUAAAUGCAGAUUUACCCUUACCUAUUACUUUACCAGAAUCUUCAAAUAUUCCAUCUUUACUCACAACUUCAGUGAAAAGUGAAAACUCGCAAGAAAGCUCUUCAAGAAAGAUUAUUAUUGACCAAAAUGCAGAGGAAGAACAUUUUACUUGCUUGUCACUUCUAGCCCAGAAGGAAUACUUAGAACGAAAGGAACAAAUGCUGUUCAAACAAAAAAAUUUCAUCAAACUUCAGAGAUCUAACAUUCUAAACACUUUCUCUGGUGACAAUGCUAAAUAUUCAGAGCUUUUGGAAGAAAAUGCAUUGAUGAGAACACAAAUAGAACAAAAAAUUUCUAAAAUUAGACACAAAAUAAUAAAAUUAAAUAAAAUGCUUACCCUGGAGGAUAGUGAAUUUCGUUAUGAAAUUAAGAAUAGUAAAAAAUAUAAAGAAUUUGCAUCUCGUAAAAGAAAAAUUUCAGAGGGUAGAGAGUGCGAGUCUGAUGAUGGACAGAUAGUCCUGAAUGAGCCUCAUGGGUUUAGCACUUCCCAUGAAUCUAAUGACAAAUUGAGGCAGACCCAGUUGCAGCCUUCUGUGAUGACUAAUAUUGAAGCUGUUACUAAUAGACUUGAACCAUUGCAGAAUAACCAUUCUACAGUCAGUAUUUCCCCAGGGAGUAGUUCAUCCAGUAUUAAUCGUAAAAGAAAGCUUGAAGAUAACAAAAAUUCCAAAAAUACAGACUGCUCUGUUGUUAAUGAGAAAAUUAAUUUUAAAAAAAGACGAACCAAGAAAGUUAGAAAAGAUCUUGUCAGUACAAACCAUGAAGCCAUAUUAAACGAGGAAUUCCUACAAAAUGCUGCUCAAGUGAACUGGUGUAGAUUGUGUAAUGGGAUUUUUUAUUCUGUUGCUAACUAUGUGGACCAUCUAGCAUCUUCAGAACAUUUGCAGAGACGAAAGCUAAAUGAUGGAAGUUGGUUAAGAAAGCUACCUCAGGUUGAACAAAAAUAUGUGAAACAAGAAGAUUUGUUGGAUCUGUAUGGUGUGGAAUUUCUUGACUCUGUCACACUAUUCUUCUGCAAUCUCUGUAAGGUUUUGAUUUGGGAUAGAGAUGAAGCUUUGUUCCACCCAAGGUGCCCUCAGCAUGCAGAAAAUUUCAAGAAUUAUGUUUCGGAAAAUGUUCUUCGUGAAUUAAACUUCCUCCAGAGAAAGGCAACUGCAUAUAAGAGACAUAUUUCAAGAGACAGCUCAUUCAC